AAAAAAUUAAAUAAUUGAAAACAAAUUAAGCAGUAGAGAAAGAGUAAAAUGCGGAAUCGGAGAAAGUAGGAGGAUCAGUGGCGGUGAUCGGAGAGAAUCGAGGCGUCAACGACAAACACUACUCUAUCGGCGCUCUCAUUACAGCAAUCACUGAUUUCGAAAUUGUUUUGUUUGCAAAGAAAACUGAGGUUUGACCUUGGCGAAAUCCUCCAGGGAGGUAGAAAGAAGAAACGCCAUGGAUAAGCACGAGAACUUCGAUAAAUUGAAACAAUUAUAAGGCACCGGAGACAAACACGAUCACCAAAACUCACACAUACGGACGGCGAUUCAGACUUGCAGUAUACUUCAGUUUUAAUGGAAGUUAAUAAUAUGCCAUUCCGUUAUCUUUUACUAAUCGCACUGGUUAUGCUUUUCACACUCGUUGCGACAGAAGAGUCAUUGCUCAAUCCUCGCAUUCAACGAGAGCUGCGAGUAAAUCAUCCUCUGCAUGAUUGUGACGUUGAUGAUGAAAAGGAUCAGGUCCGUCCUUCUGAAGUCAGAGUGGGAGCUGGAAAUACUUUGGAAGAUAAGGAUAUUGACAUUAUUGCAACAUACAGUGACACUUCCGGUAGCAUUCAGAUAAGGAGGGUGAAAAUGAAGGACCUGUCUGCUUCAUGGAUCCUGAAAAACCCUAUAACUAAUAACAAUGGUACGCAAAAGGCAUCCCAGAUUGUGGAAAACUCGUUUGCAUCUGAUAAUAAAAUUACUGAUGACGUCGAGGAUUCUAGGAUCCACCAUUUUCCUAAGUUGGCAAUAAGUCCAGUGAAGCUGCAGCGGAGGGAACUACGAAAAAGGAGAAAGGACCUCCGAACUGCUUUGCUACUACAACAAGAUAAGGAAGCAGACAACCAUGCACGAGCAUCUGCAAUAAAAAGCUCUGAAAGCCUGGAUACCACUGUCAAGGAAAAGUACAGUAUAUGGAGGAGAGAUUUUGAGAAUCCAAAUUCUGAUUCCAUGCUGAAACUGACACGGGACCAGAUUAUAAUGGCUAAAGCAUAUGCGAAUAUAGCCAAGUCCAAUAACGAGACCAGUCUUUAUGACUCACUUAUGAAACAUUCUAGAGAAAGUCUACACGCAAUUGGAGAAGCUACAUCAGAUGCCGAGCUUCACCCUAGUGCACUUGCUCAAGCAAAAGCAAUGGGUCAUGUGCUCUCUAUAGCAAAGGAUCGAUUAUAUGAAUGUACUACUAUGUCAAGGAAGCUGCGAGCCAUGCUUCAGUUGACUGAAGAGAAUGUUAAUGCUCUGAAGAAGAAGAGUGCCUUCUUGAUUCAGCUAGCUGCCAAAACAGUUCCAAAACCAUUGCAUUGCCUUCCAUUGCAACUUGCAAGUGAGUAUUUCAUGCAAGGUCAUCAAAAUAAAGAUUAUACAAACAAAGAGAAGCUAGCUGAUGCUUCUCUUUACCACUAUGCCAUCUUUUCUGAUAAUGUACUAGCUACAUCUGUGGUUGUCAAUUCCACCGUGCUUCAUGCAUUGAAUCCCGAGAAGCACGUUUUCCACAUAGUCACUGAUAAAUUGAACUUCGCUGCAAUGAAAAUGUGGUUUAUUAUGACACCCCCGGCAAAAGCAACAGUUGAAGUUCAGAAUAUUGCUGAUUUUAAGUGGUUGAAUUCAUCUUACUGUUCCGUUAUACGUCAGCUUGAAUCUGCCAGGAUUAAGGAAUACUACUUCAAAGCAAAUCAUCCUUCAUCUCUUUCUGCUGGGUCUGAUAAUCUAAAAUACAGGAAUCCAAAAUAUUUAUCUAUGCUCAAUCAUCUCAGAUUCUACCUCCCUGAAAUUUAUCCAAAGUUAGACAAGAUCCUCUUUCUGGAUGAUGAUAUUGUAGUUCAGAAGGAUUUGACACCACUUUGGUCUAUUGAUCUGCAAGGAAUGGUUAACGGUGCAGUGGAGACUUGUAAGGAGAGCUUUCAUAGGUUUGAUAAGUAUCUUAAUUUCUCUAAUCCAAAAAUCUAUGAGAAUUUUAAUUCGGACGCUUGUGGUUGGGCAUUCGGCAUGAAUAUUUUUGACUUGAAGGAGUGGAAAAGGCGAAAUAUCACUGGCAUUUAUCAUCAUUGGCAAGAUCUGAAUGAGGACAGAACACUCUGGAAGUUGGGGACAUUACCACCAGGAUUGAUCACUUUCUAUAAGCUAACUUUUCCAUUGGAUCGGAGCUGGCAUGUCUUGGGACUUGGUUAUGAUCCUGCUCUCAACCAAACCGCGAUUGAGAAUGCUGCAGUAGUUCAUUACAAUGGAAACUACAAGCCAUGGUUGAAUUUAGCUAUUGCUAAAUACAAGUCUUACUGGUCUAAAUAUGUACCGUUUGAUAACCCUUAUCUCCAACUUUGUAACAUAAGUGAAUAAUUUCUCCCGUAGAUAUUAGAAUCAAAUUAUCAUUUUCAAUUUCUUCAGUAAUCAAUUCUUUCCAUUUUAGAUUUU